AGGCCCUUGAACAAGAAGCCAUACCACCAUCCCAUCCAAGAGAACGAGUCCCAGGAGGACUAGAGGAAGUGCAGGGGUGGUCCCAUCACCACAUCAUUCCUGUGUGAGGGACAGUUCCACGGAGCCAGGAGGGACAAGAGAGCUGACAGCAUGAAGGUCCUCCUGUUGCUAGCAGUUGUGAUCAUGGCCUUUGGCUCAAUUCAGGUCCAGGGGAGCCUUCUGGAGUUUGGGCAAAUGAUUCUGUUUAAGACAGGAAAGAGAGCUGAUGUUAGCUAUGGCUUCUACGGUUGCCAUUGUGGUGUGGGUGGCAGAGGAUCCCCCAAGGAUGCCACAGAUUGGUGCUGUGUGACUCAUGACUGUUGUUACAACCGUCUGGAGAAACGUGGAUGUGGCACAAAGUUUCUGACCUACAAGUUCUCCUACCGAGGGGGCCAAAUCUCCUGCUCUACAAACCAGGACUCCUGCCGGAAACAGCUGUGCCAGUGCGAUAAAGCUGCCGCUGAAUGUUUUGCCCGGAACAAGAAAAGCUACAGUUUAAAGUACCAGUUCUACCCCAACAAGUUUUGCAAAGGGAAGACGCCCAGUUGCUGAAAGAGACAUCUUCUGAAACAUCCAGACAUCCUCUAACACCUCUCCUAGCCCAACCAAGUUCCCCAGUGAUCAAGAAAACACCCCUCUCCAACCCUAGAAGCAGGCGGGCCCUUCUGUCUUCACCCAGAAGGAGCCGCUGAAGCCUGAUCUUUCCCCAACACUCCACAGCCUUGGAUCCGCCCACUUUUCCCUUGGCAUCCAACUUCCUGCUGCGUAGUACCUAAGAGGGUCCUGAGAGGCUCUCGCAAGUAAAGCAAUUCAUCAACAA